CUCCUCAAUAUUUCUCUCGUAGCGAUUCUGUGGAGUACCCCAGCGUGAGCUGGAGCUGCGUGCGUUUUUUUCGCGAAGUUAGAGGUACAGCUGCACGAAAUGCCCAUGGCACGUGGGCCGCUCCUCGGUUCUGUUGCCUGCCCGCCGCCGUUGGGUGCACGCACGAAAUCCGUAUUUGAUAAAUGCGCUUCAGAAAAGAGCGCCUUUCUCCUAACAGUGUAAACACUGAGACAUUGUGUGAGCCAAGGAGAGCCGUGCAUAAAGCCGGGGUUGUCAAGGCUGCGGCUGUUGCAAAGCAGAGAAAUAAAAAAAAAAACUUGGCAACUUGAAGAUGCGUUUGGAAGUCAAGAAAUACAACUGGUUUCGCAAAUGAAUGACUUUUCUCAUGCCCCGUGUUUACACAAACCAAGUAGCGCUGUGGGGCACGGAGCACGGGACUGGUUUUUUCUCUGCAGCCCUGCUCCUGGGGCAGGCUGUGCCAGGUGAGAGGCAUGCGGUGCUGUGCCCUCCGGGGAGGGGGAGGUGGAGGUGGAGGUGGCCAGGCUUAAUGGGUGUGCCACUUUCUUCCAGUCAGCUGAGCAAAGAUGAGAAAAGGGGAAAAACUGUGGUGUGAUCUUGGUGGCUGUUUCACCCCUUGCUUAACUGCUUGUGGCUGCUGCUGAAGGAAGGAGGGUUUUUUCCCUCCUUUCUUCCAUUUCCUGUUGAGGGCCUCAUGCUCUCAGGGCCUCCUCCCAUGUUCGGACUUGGUUUAAGUCAUCAAAAUGGCAGGAAACUGGGUUUUUUUUUUGUUGGUUUUACUUUCUGCUGUUUUAGUAAGCAAAACUGACUUGACUUGGCUCAGGGGAGCUUGAUGAGAAGAGGAACCCAGGGUGAGGUAAGCACAGAGAGCGGUUUCCCAGAAUGAGAGGGGCAUAGGGCUGUUCUCUUCCAGCAGUACUGUUCUGUGUCAUCUCACUGUGUGUUGUGCAGGAAUACCCCUGAUGGUUCUGUUACUGCUACUGAGCAAGAGUGUGAAAAUGACUCUUGUGUGUCUCAUGGCAGUGCAGCCCAUGAAGACAGGCUGUACCUCACUCAGCCUCUGGCUAAUGGCAGCUUCCUACAAUCCAUACUUCUGGGUCCUGUCUUCCUGUUGGACUCUGUUCAGCCAUGUGGUUGCUAGAACACCUGUGGGUGAGGCCAAGCAUUUCUGUCAUGUUCCUAUGAAAGUGUGCUAGUACAGCUACUUCACUGGCAGACUCAGUAGGUUGUAGCUGAUCUUAGGUGGCUUAGAAAGCUGUAUUGUAUCAGAACUGAAAGUCUGGGAGCUCUCGCAUGGCUUCAUACCACCGUGCUUAGUUUUGCGCAGAUGCAGGCCAUAAAAACGGUCCUGUCCUGCAACAGAGCUAAUUAUCUCUGACUUUUACAACACCUGUAAAGGCUCUGCACAGAGUUACAGUUGCUGUACCUCCUUGUCUCAUUGGUAGCAGGUGUCCCCAUUACUUCUGUAGCUGGCUGCCUGGCUGAGGCACCUGGAACGAGGUGCCUGCCUAAGUACAGCCAGGACACCUAGUGCUGUGGCUGUGCUUCUUCCAAAUACCACCUUGGGUUUGGAGGUUGUUCAGAGGAUGUGAAGUUUUCUUGUCGUGUUUAUCAAAAUUAGUGAUGUGGAUUCAGAAACACCAGACUUCAACAAGCAAGGCUAAAACCAAGACAUGCCCAGGGGCUGCAGGUAUGUAGUGUUAAUGCAGCUGCUCUGGCAGCUGUGGUUGUGUAAUGAUGGCACUGCCAGGACAGAGGGCUCAGAUGCAUUUAAUGCUAACACGUCUGCAACAUAGACAUAGUAUGUACUGUUCUUCCACUGUUAAGUUUGAGUAAGAGAUACAUGGUAAAAUGAUACUUUCAUUAAGGCAAAUGCAUCUCUGUGACUUCUGCACUUAAACCUACAUCUGAUGCUUAGAGGCUUAGAGACUAAAGCCUGUUUACCUGCUGUCAUUUGAACUGUAGUCUAGACAGUAAAACAGAACAAGAAUUGGUUUGGGAUUCUGGAGCAGCUGUCAGGAAAACCAUGCUUUUGUGGGUUUUUUAUUGUCAUAGUUUCCUCUUAGUAAGCAGUCAGCCUCGCUGCCCUCAGAGCUGGCAGUGUUUAAACGUGUGUGUUGUGUUUUUGCCAGUUCCGUGGGUAAUGGAAAGUUAAAAGGAGAACAUUUAUUGUUCUGAUUAAGGGACUUCCUACACUGCAAAAUGCAACCAAAUUAGGGAAUUUGAUUACUAUAAUCUCAUUCCUUAAUGGAUAUGGGAAUGGCAAAAUAAUACGAGCAAAUGAUUUGAAGUAAUCAUCUUAUCAAAACAAAGACUAGAAAAACCAUUAUUUGUCUCUUAUAUUACCUCCCUCCAGUGUACCUCUGUACACAAUACAGCAAAAAAAAAACAAAACACCCAACAUGCUGUCUUUGCUGAUUCUCAUUUGUUCAUUUCUUCAGCACAUUUGUUGGUCACUGUCUUAGCUCUACAGGUAGCUGAUUUAUUUAGAGUAAUAACGCAGAAGUGAAGAAGAUUUUUGAAGUCUUCCAGAACUAAGGCGUGCUCACUGUGCUGGAGAACCCUAUCUUCCUGCUGCUUCAGAACUGAAUUGCAGCUUCUUACCACAUCUUCUCAGUUGAUAUCAGCUUGGCAGAGAUGGGAGUGGAAGGAUGAGGAGCUUCAGCAUUUUCCAUCAGAUCAGGCACCCUACAGAUAAUGGCAUGCUGGAGCUCUCCCUUUGUUGAAGUGCUGUGUGCACCUGCGGGCCAUGUAGUGGUCAUCAGCAUGCUGGUAAUGUGUGCUGCUGGGGAGAGAGGUCAGUAAAACGAGUUCGUUGACCUGCCAGGAGUGAGUGCUUCGCAGACCGACUACAGAGCAGCAUAGGUAGGUGAUUGCUCCUUGUAAACAAUCCAGCAACAAGGCAUUAUUUCAAACAGAAGAGCAGCUGGAACCUCAUAUUCUUGUUAAGAGGAGAUCUUAAUAGCACCAGAGAACAAAUUACACCUUGACGUGCAGGUUUCUUACUGUUCUUUCAGACUGUUAUUACAGAGUCUCACUGUUUUUGCGUGGUUGAUGAAGUUGCAGUCCUCUGUAGCAGCUCAGUUAAAUUUCAAAUAUAUUUUUUACUUUUCCUGUGCUGCCUUCUACAUUUAGAAGAGGCGGUCUGUAAAUAUUCCCCAAAUCACUCUUUGUUACUCAUAUCCAUUCUUAACUGUUGCUGUGAAAUGUAGAAAACAGCAGCGGGGUCUGUGCACUGAAGCAAUGUAGCACUGGACCCAUCUGUGCUUUCAGCAUUUUUCUUCUUCCUUAUUGGCUUCCCUCACCUGAUCUUGUAUUUCCUAGGGAUAGAUUAGUCUUUUUUUCUUGACUUGAAUGAAGGUUUGCAUUAUGAGUCCAGUUUCCUACUUGUAUGGCAUUUUUUUGAGAUGAACAGAAGAAAAUCGGGCUGGACUUAAAUGAAAUUAAUGUUUUGUUUUAUUUGUUAGGAGAAAGUAGGCAAAGAAAGGUGUUGAAUGUUGUUUAUGCUGAAAUCCUGGGAUAGGUUCUAUAGUCGAGUUUGAUGACUUCGAUGAUGGAGAUAAAGGAGCAAGAAAUUAAUCAUGAACAUAUAUGUGGGACAAUGAAUUUAUUAUCCACACUUUGGUGUUGUUUUUCUGUUUGUUUGGUUUUUCUUGAAGGAGGGCUGAUUGGCAAGCUGAGGUUCAAAGUAGAUUUUUGACAACAUGGUUUGAAAUGAGAAGCCAAUAGCCCAGUAAUUGCAAAGCUACGCUGGGGUACAUAAUGGAAGUUCAGGAUCAGAUACACUGAUCACCUUGUUAAAGGUGUUUUCGGAAUGCCAAGAAGCUGCAUGUGACAAGAAGGAAGGGAGAUAUGUAUUGUAAGUAGUGAUGAUGGCUUGCUUUUUUGAUGCAUUUAUGGCUUUUCAUUUAAGAGUUAAAUGGAAGUGUUUACAGCCACAUGAUGUCAAAGCAGUACUGACUUUCUUCUUGCCCAGCUUGGCAGUCACUUGUACUAUGAGUUCAGAAACGGCCAUGGCUGCUCUGAGCUGAAAGUUAAUGCUGGGAUGGGUAGCAGGAGGAAAAAAAAAAACAACACAAAACCAUACACACCCACACACCUCUGAUAGGGAGAGCUCAAGGAAGUGCAUGACUCCUUUCUUAAUACAGGCGUAAGAUAACAUCUUUUUGAACUAGGCAACUAAUUUCUGUUCUAGAGGAGUUAGCUCGUAAGCCGCCUUUGCUCUACCCGGAGGCAUCCUGUUUUAAGGGAGGCAAUAAUGCAGGACACACAGUCGUCGUGGAUUCUGUGGAAUAUGACUUCCAUCUGCUGCCAAGUGGGAUUAUCAACCCAAAAGUCACUGCAUUCAUUGGAAAUGGUGUUGUAAUUCAUUUGCCAGGACUCUUUGAAGAAACUGAAAAAAACUUAAAGAAAGGAAAAGGGCUAGAAGGCUGGGAAAAAAGACUAGUAAUUUCUGACAGGGCUCAUAUCGUAUUUGAUUUCCACCAAGCUGCUGAUGGUAUCCAAGAACAACAAAGGCAAGAACAAGCAGGAAAGAAUUUGGGAACUACCAAGAAAGGAAUUGGUCCAGUAUAUUCUUCGAAAGCAGCUCGAAGUGGACUCAGAAUGUGUGAUCUUGUGUCUGAUUUUGAUGAAUUUUCUGAGAGAUUCAAAGUGUUAGCCAAUCAGUACAAAGCGAUAUAUCCUACCUUAGAGAUAGAUAUUGAAGGAGAAUUGAAAAAACUCAAGGCCUACAUGGAAAAAGUAAAACCAAUGGUAAAGGAUGGUGUUUAUUUUAUGUAUGAGGCUUUACAUGGACCACCAAAGAAGAUCUUAGUAGAAGGUGCAAAUGCAGCACUACUGGACAUAGAUUUUGGCACAUAUCCAUUUGUGACUUCAUCAAACUGCACAGUUGGCGGAGUUUGCACGGGUCUGGGCAUGCCACCACAGAACGUUGGAGAAGUGUAUGGAGUUGUGAAAGCAUAUACAACUAGAGUUGGAAUUGGUGCCUUUCCUACAGAACAAGAUAAUGAAAUUGGAGAAUUGCUGCAAAUGCGGGGUAAAGAGUUUGGUGUUACCACUGGUAGGAAGAGAAGAUGCGGCUGGCUGGACCUCGUGCAACUCCGAUAUGCCUACAUGAUUAAUGGGUUUACUGCAUUGGCUCUUACCAAGUUGGAUAUCUUGGAUGUAUUUCCAGAAAUCAAAGUUGGUGUUGCAUAUAAACUGGAUGGUGAAGUCAUACCUCAUUUUCCAGCCAACCACGAAGUCUUAAGUAAAGUAGAGGUAAAGUAUGAGACACUCCCAGGAUGGGAUACAGACAUAUCAAAUGCAAGGACAUUCGAUGAGUUGCCUGUAAAUGCACAGAACUAUGUUCGUUUUAUAGAAAUGGAAUUAGGUGUUCCUGUUAAAUGGAUUGGAGUAGGGAAGUCCAGGGAAUCAAUGAUCCAGCUGUUUUAAAGAUUUCAGAUGCAUGGAAGAAAGCACACUCCUCAAAAGACUGCUCAUUCUUAAAUGCAUUAGUAGCCCGCAAAGCAAAGAUGUUGGAAAGAUAGAAUUUUUUGCAUGGAAAGAAAUGCUAGAGUUGAUAUCCUUAAAUCAAUUGCUACUCCUGAAAGAGACUUUAACUUGAACCUGUAUCUGUUCUUAUUCGACUGCAACAGGACAUCUGUUAUUUGUUCAAGGUGCCAUCGUUUUUUUUUUUCUUUUCCUAAUAUUAGUUCAUAAUGUAAUUCCUGUUUGGAAAUCUAAGGUAUCAUUACUUCAUGACUGUUUGUUAUCCUCUCUCUGCUUUUGGCGGUGUUACUUCCCUGAAAUUUUAGACAGUAAAAAUAAUGCAGUUUUGCACAGAUAGUUUUACAUCCUCAUUAUUUGUAUUCCUUAUGGCUGCUCUUGUGAGUGAUUAAAGAGAGGGAUUCUGAUUUUGUAAUGCUAUAAAUGCUGUCUAAAUUAUUGUGUGAUCUGUUUUUUUAAAAAAAGGUGUGAUGCCAAGUUUUUUUUUAGCUGUAUAGCACAGAAAACUGAACUCUUUGUAACUCACGGAGGACACUCAAAUGUUUACCAGAAAGUGUGCUCGGGAAGUUAGGAAAUGGAGAUUGUAAAAAGUUCAUUUGCAAUUAUUAAAGAACAGUUCUGAUUUUUGAGUUAAAUGUUUUAUAAUGUUACUUUUUUAUUAUUGCUUUAAAAUCCCUGCACUUAUCUGCUUCCAAAGCAUGUAUGUCAGCAAUCUGUUUCUCUUGAUUAAAGAGGGUUAUUUUUGGUGAGAA